AAGGAUCCUUGCAUCAGUGCAGAUUUUCCAUUUCUACUAUUCUCUUCCAAAAAACCUCCCCUCUUUCUUACCUCAUCCUCCUUCAUUUUUUCGUUCUUAAUCAGUGAAAAAUAAAGCUUUCAACUUUGUCUUUCCCAAACCUUUAAUAAUCUUUUUACCCCCUUUUUUUCUUUUUGUGUGUUUCCUCUGGAUCGUAUCAGUAAGGUGAAAGAAACUGUGAAAAUAAUGGAUUAAACCCAGAUGAGAGUACGUCUCUGAUCUGAUAAAAGCAGUGGUUUCUGACGAACAGACAUACCUAAUGGGCUCAGAGCAACAUAGGUUUCCUCAGCACGAACAGAGGAAAAGGUGGGAAGGCUGUUUUGAAGUGUUGUCUUGUUUCAAGUCACAAAAAGGAGGAAAAAGAAUAGUACCCGCCUCUCGCAUUCCCGAAGGCGGCAAUGCCUCAUCCUCACAACCCAAUGGAACUCACCAAGCUGACCAAGCUACAGGAGGAGUCAACUUAUCACUUCUAGCUCCACCUUCCUCCCCCGCUUCCUUCACCAACUCUGCUCUUCCUUCAACAGCUCAGUCACCAAACAACUGCUACUUAUCCCUCGCUGCAAACUCACCAGGAGGUCCUUCUUCGAGCAUGUACGCCACAGGACCUUACGCUCACGAAACCCAAUUAGUCUCACCGCCUCCUGUCUUCUCCACGUUCACCACUGAGCCUUCCACCGCUCCUUUCACCCCUCCUCCGGAGCUUGCUCAUCUCACUACACCUUCUUCGCCUGAUGUCCCUUACGCUCGCUUCUUGACUUCCAAGAACUCUGGCAAAGGUCAUUACAAUGAUCUUCACUCUACCUACUCUCUUUACCCUGGUAGUCCAGCCAGCUCUCUCAGAUCACCGAUCUCUCGAGCUUCCGGAGACGGGCUACUGUCCCCUCAGACCGGUGUCUCCACGCCUUUGCAGGAGUCUAACUUCUUCUGUCCUGAAACGUUUGCAAAGUUUUACUUGGAUCAUGAUCCUCAGAACGGUGGGAGGUUAAGCGUGUCCAAGGAUUCAGAUACUAGUCAGAAUAGGCAGACGAGAAGUCCCAAGCGAGAUAUGGAGGAGCUGGAAGCUUAUAGAGCUUCCUUUGGGUUUAGUGCCGAUGAAGUUAUUACAACUAGUCAGUACGUUGAGAUCACUGAUGUGAUGGAUCAUUCUUUGCUCUCUCCAAGAGAUGGACAGAAGCUACUUAGAAGAGAAGCGAACUUGCUUAGUCAGACAAGUCCCAAAUCAGAAGCUGGUGUUGAUCCACCAAAGUCAUCUUCAAAUGGUUACAAAGAUCACAAACCAAGAAAUGGUAUUCAUGCGGAUGAAGAGGCUUUGUUAUCGAGAGUGGGGUCUGUGAAAGGAAGCAGAAGCUAUCCCACUGGUUUCUCAAGCUCUGAUGCAGAGAUUGAAUACAGGAGAGGAAGAAGCUUAAGAGAAGGCAGAGAGAACAGACGCAGGAGAUAGCCUGACCAAGAACAACAACAGGCAACAAAGCCAGCUUUGUCUGUUCUAGUGAUGUUAACUCUUGAGAUAGAAUCUAGUUUUUAAGUAUAUAGAUAUAUAUAAAUACAGAUGGUUUGUAGUUGAAUGAUGUGAUAUAUUAGCAAGCAAGUGUGAGAAAAGUGAAUGGUUGUUUUAGUUUGUCAUGGGUUUUUUGUAAGGCCCCCAUGUUUCUUCUAAUUGCAGCAAUCUAUUUAAGGUUUUUCUA